GAAGGUGGUGUCUUAUCAAACGUUGAUCAGAAUCCCUUCAACUGACCCAAAAGCAUUUGUGAAGACCAAAAAUAUUGAUUUUCUAUUUUUGGGGAUUUGUCAUCAUUUCUUAAUUGACUUUCUCUCAAUUUUGGCUUUAGGGACAAUUAGCGCGUGCGUCAACCUUUCUAUCUAACCCUUUUCUAAAAUAAAAAAAUUCGAAGUGUUUUAGAUGGAGCCAUGGGUGCUCCAUCCCUUCUACAGUAGCUCGAUUUUAUUUAUUGGUUCGUAGAACUCUUUUCAGAGAAUUUCCCUUGACAUUUGUUUUUCGCCCUUGAAUCUUUCGGAGGGAGAGUUGUUUUCUAUUUUUAGAGGCUUAUGCGUUAUGAAGUGAAUUGGGUUAUAAUUUUUUUCACUUGGAACAAGUUCUUUUGAGAGGGUAAAGGCGUUGGGUCAUUGAUUUUUCCAGAUUGAUGGGGGGAUUUGGGGUGAGAGGAAGAUUAUCGUCUUUCUAACCUCUAGUUUAUUCACGAGAAACAUGUGGUGGAACAGCGGUGGCUGAGGACAAUAAACUGCGUGAAUUACUCGAAUUUUAUUGAGUGACAGAGUCCAGACGAUAUGGUGAUGAGAGGUGGAUGGAUUCUGCUUAAUAAUGGAUACAUUGCAAAAAGAUUUAACGAUGGAAUCAAGUGUUGCAGUAGGUGGUACGCAUCGCUGCCGAAACUUACACCUGAGGAGGUGACGAGAAUCCUGAGGACGAAUGAGUUCACACAGGAGCUGAAGGGGUCCAAUUCCUUCAUGUAUUAUGAUUCUAAUCAGUUGGCUUCGAAUAAUCCUCUAGAGGAUGCCAGGGCUGAAGGACGAUGUCGAUUGACGAAUGGAUUACUCUUCGGAAUAUUUGACGGUCACGGGGGUAACUCCUGCGCCCAGGUAGUCUCGAAAAGAUUACUACACUAUAUUUCCGCUUGCUUAUUACCUCGGGAAGUCCUCGAUGAGACUCUCAAACAAUCGAGAACCCCCGAGCAGCUGCGAGAGCACUUGCUGGAGUGCUUUCACGAUAAAACAGAGUUCGUUCCUGAGAUCGAUAAACUCUAUGGGGAGAGUUUUCUCUCCUUCCUGGGGGAGGUUUCUGAAAAGUAUGGCGACUCGGGUGGACUGGGGCCUCAGCUAGAGAAAGCCCUGGAGACGGCUUUUCUCAGCUUAGAUAACGAUAUUUCUAGCGAGGCUCUGAAGAAAGUCAAGAGGCAAAUCGAUGCCAGAACUCUCUCGGUUGCUAUGUCAGGAGCUGUAGCUGUCGUUGCUCAUGUCGACGGGCCUCAUCUUCAUGUGGCUGGAGUCGGUGAUUGUCAGGCAGUUCUGGGGAUUUAUUCAGACGAGGAAGGGUGGUCUGCGAAAGUGCUCACCGUAGAGCACAACGCAGACAACCGCGAGGAGGUCGGGAGAAUUCUCUCAGAGCACCCGGCAAGCGAGAGUCGAACGGUGAUAAAAAUGGAGCGCCUUCUAGGUCAAUUAGCCCCCCUUCGGGCCCUCGGUGAUUUUCGAUACAAGUGGAGCAAGGAAUUGAUGAAAAAAAUUGUAGUGCCAUAUUACGGUGAGGGAGCUAUGCCCCCAAACUACCACACACCACCCUAUCUGACAGCCAAGCCCCAGGUGACGUAUCACAAACUCACGCCGAAGGACAAAUUCCUGAUAAUAGCCACUGACGGCCUGUGGGAUUUGCUGUCACCUCUCGAGGCAGUUCAACUCGUCGGCGAGCACAUGAGUGGGAAAGUCACCCUUAACUCACUCCAGCCAACAGCCGGCAUGAAAUUGUCUGAGAUCAAUAAUAUGCUGGUGAAGAGGAAAGAAGGACUGAAGAAAAAACCUCUGGAUGAAAAUGCUGCCACGCACCUUCUCAGGAAUGCCCUUGGGGGCACAGAGUGUGGGAUGGAUCAUGCAAAGGUCUCGCAAUUCUUAACGUUACCAAGUGAAGUCGUUCGUAUUUUUCGGGACGACAUUUCCAUUACUGUUGGAUACACUGAUACCGAUUUUUUGAAAAAUUGUUCGUUGUAGAAUAAAAUCGGGGACUUGUUCAAUUGAGAUUUUGCAUGAGAAAUUCUCCCGGAUAUGAAAGUUCAAUGAAAAAUAUUCAAUACAAUUUUUAAUGUUUUUUUUUUUAAUGAUGAACGAUUGGCGAAUGAACUUGAUUGUUUGUACGAUAAGAAAUCAUGCAACAGCCCAACGAUCGAGGGGUGAAACGACACGAGUUCAAUGUCCUUUUGUUCGUAUACUAUAAAAUAAUUCUUAAAUAAUUAAUUUUUAAUACUUACCAAAAACACUUGAGUCAGUGGACGUUGACUUGCUUCGUUUCUUCGCCUCGGUUCAAUAUUUUUUAGCUCACCACAAAUUCCCAGAAAUGAGAAUGCCUGAUUUGUUGAUUAACGAGUCUUUCAAACAUGUUUGAUUUCUGUACAUAUUUAUUACUGUAAGCUUUAUUGAACAUGCCAUGUAUCGACAUGCCACGUUUAUUCGGGAUAUCAUAAAAAUUUACAUUGGAGAACAGUGGUGAAUUUAUUCUAGUGUGUCACAGAUAAAUAUACAUAUACAAUGCAA